AUGGCUUACGAUUUGAGUGUCGCGACUGCACGAAAUCCUCUGAUCGCGAUCACAGUCUUCGUAGCGAUUGCAAUUGCUACUACUGCUUUGCGGUUCGAAGCAAGGCGGAUGAGAAAAGUUCCUUUGGCGGCUGACGAUUAUCUGCUACUUGCUGCUCUUUUCUGUUUAUUCAUUAGUGUAGGGGAUCAGUAUGCUUGUGUCAUUGCGGGCGGAGUUGGACGACACACAGUGGAUGUCGACCCCUUAGAUGUAGUGAAGACAUUGAAGCUCAUCCUCCCAUUCGAAGCGCUAUACGGCAUUACCCUCUGCCUAAUCAAGAGCUCUAUCAUUUGCUUCUACUUCCGAAUAUUUGGAAACACGAGAUCUUUCCGUAUAUCCGCAUACGUUGUACUCGCUUUCAUUGUUUGCUGGGCUUUGAGUGUCGUCCUCGAAACAUUCCUGCUCUGCCGACCAGUAGCGUAUAAUUGGGAUACCAGUAUCAAAGGAACAUGCGGAGAUAGAAACACUGUCUACGUCUCUGCUGGAGCAUUGAACGUGAUUACUGAUUUCAUGGUCAUGUCCCUACCAGUACCCCAUAUUCUCACCCUCCAACUCAAAAUGAAGAAAAAACUUGGUCUUCUCCUUAUGUUCUCUCUUGGACUUUUCAUAACAAUCAUAUCUAUCAUCCGUAUCAAAUCCCUCCAAGUAAUAUCUUUUACCGACCCCACCUAUACCCUCCCCAUGGGCCUUCUCUGGACCACACUUGAGCCCUGUCUCUGUAUCAUCAACGCAAAUCUACCAAUGGUUCGCACCUGCCUCGCUACAUAUGCCCCAAAAGCCUUCGGCUCGACCAACGAUCAAACUUCGCGCAAAACACCGCUUCCAGGACAGAGUGGGAGUAGAUCAGAUCCUUUCGAUUUGAUCAGAGAUGAUAGAUUCGGAGCAACCGAUAUUAAGCUGGGACAGAUUGGCACGGAAAGUAGGAUUCAUGCUGGGAGGAGGAGUCAGCCACUUGGAGAUAGUGAUAGUGAGAGGUAUUUGACGAAAGGAGAUAACCAUAUCCAUGUAGGAAGGAGUGUGGAUGUUGAGUCGCUUUAA